UGUCACUGCAUUUGUUUAUGUACAGGUCGCGUAAUCUAUAACUAUCUGCUAUAUUAUACUAGGACAUCAUACGAUUAGUACAUGGUGUCACUCUUUUACAAAACAAUUUCACUGAACACUUGUAAUUACUAUGUCGGACAUAACUUUUGUUUUGGGAUUUGCUUUAACUGUUUUCAUGACAGUUUUAUUCUUACAAUGGCUUCUUCAAAAUAAAGAAAAGAGUUAUCCAAAAGGGCCUGUUGGGUUUCCAAUUGUUGGACACCUUCCACUGUUUGGAAAAUACCCACCGAAAACGUUCCUAAAAUGGUGGAAUUCUUUUGGUGACGUGUUUUCUAUCAGACUUGGAAGCUGGAACACUGUAGUUGUCAAUGGUUAUGAUGCAGUGAAGGCGGCUGCCGAACAUCCUGACGACGCAUUUAGCGGAAGACCACAUUUUCUGUCCAUGGAAAUCUUGAGCGAACGUACCAAAGAAGAUAGACUCGCUUUUGGUAAUUUUUCACCAGUUUAUCUUAAACAAAGAAAGUUGACCUCUAAAGCUUUACGUAUGUUUACAUCCAAGCGAUCCGAAGUAAUUGAAGAAUAAAUUACAAGUGAGACUAGCGUAUUUGUAGAUAUUUUGGUAAAAAAAUACAAUAGAAAUGCCGGUUCAAUAGAACUGGAUGUUCAAACAUUAGUUACUAAGAUAAUUUACCAGUUUCUUUACGGACGAGGUAAAACUGUUGAAGUUGAAAGGCACGUGAAAACAAUAAUAGAAUUUCUUGAAGAAUUUGAUAAGUUGUCUGGAAAUGGGAGUUCAUUGGACGUGUUACCAUGGCUACAGUAUAUCAUGCCAUGGAAGGUUGAAGCGAUUCGGAAGAAUACCGCACGAUCAGACGAUCUUGUAACAGAGCAAGUACACCAACAUUAUGACACAUUUGUUCCAGGAAACAUUAGAGAUGUAGCGGAUGCAAUUAUUGCUAGUGACGCUGACGAUGAAGAAAAUAAAGAUAGAUACGUGUUAACAAGAGCUAGACUGAAUCUUACACUUGCAGAUUUACAAGGAGCUGGCGUUGAUACAAC